AUGGAGGCGGCGCGGAGGAGGCCGUGCGGGAGGCUGAGCCGCCGGAGGCCGCGCUCGGGGGACGGGCCUCCCGGCGGCGGCCCCUGGUUUCUCCUGGCGGGCAGCGAGAGCCAACCCUGGGCCUUGCUGCUGCGCAUAGCGAGCUCGGAUCAGGCCCUGGACGGCGACCUGCUGCCCCCCCUUCCCGCUUUCCCCAGCCAGGAACCUGGGCCUGACCCCGAGCAUACCUUGCCUCCUGAGACCUUCACCGUUGGACCCAAGGCCUUUUCUUGGACACCCUUUCCGUCUGCCCUGGGGGGCCUGGGCUGCUUCUACUGGGCUGGGUGUCACCCAGAGUCCCCCACUGGGUCCCUGAAAGGACACCCUGAGCCUGAUCCUUGCGGGACCCCCAGCGUCAAGGAGCAGCUGUCUGUGGAGGGGCCCCCAGCCCUGCAGAGCUGCCCAAUGUGCCAGAAGGAGUUCAGCCCCGGGCUGGCCCAGCUGGACGUGGACAGCCACCUCGCACAGUGCUUGGCAGAAAGCACGGAUGAUGUGGCAUGGUAAACCACCGGUGUCCAGGGCAGAGCUGCUGAAGGGGGGUCCUGGCCUGGCUGUCCUCACUGACCUUCCUCUCUGCUCCUGAACGUGCACAUUAA